AUGAGUUCGCGGAAAUCUCUACCAUCCACACCGGAGGCUACGAGCUUGAACAGAUCCCAGAUCACGUUCUCGCCAUGUGUUCAUAUGACCAAGGUUCUUUCGUCGCAUGCCCGUGAUACCGUCCUGCGCAGUUACGGUCUGGCGAUCAGAGUGUCAUUGUUGGCGUCACCAGGUUCGGCGACCCCAGAACGGUUUGUGUCAAAGGACGGGUCUAGUCUUCCUCAUUCCAGACUGAUAAAGUUGAGGGCAAAAAUUCUCAAGUGCAAGGAGUGCUCGAGUAGUCUUUCUCCCUCGUUUAUGUGUUUGCAGUGUUCCUACGUUGGUUGUUGGAAGAAGGGCCAUGCUCAUGCCCACGCCAAACAUGAUGGCCAUGUUUUUGGAAUUGAUGCUGCUAGAGGACACAUUCUGUGCUUUAGAUGUGGGGACUAUGUUGGCGACCCCAGUCUGGAGGAGAUACGCAUAAAGAUCAUACGCUCCAUGAAGUGUAAGUGA